CUCACAUUCAUGACCCUUGGAUCAUCAUCGAACAAUUGUAAGAAUUUCCACAGCAGAGUUGGGUGCUGAUAUGAAGCAUUGAAUAUCUUUCUUACAUGCAUAUCCCAAAGAUGAGUCUCGAAGAGGCCCAUAACUUUAUUUUUAUAUAGAAAAUGGUGGUCUAUAAAUGAAGAAUCUACGAAGAGAAUGGCAAAAAGAAAUAAAUACCCAGCCUGAAAGAAAUGGAGGUGCCGGUGCCAUUGAUGCUGUUGAUGAUAUUGCUGGUGAUCUCGCCGGUGGGGAUGCCGGCCUGCCCACCAAACGGCGGUGAAUGCAAAGACUGUAUUAUUAGCCAGAUGAAGUAUGGUUGCCCAUCAUGCGUGCCACUAAUACGCUGCAUGGCACGGUGUUUGUGGGGUGGUAGCUCCAGGUCCAACUGUGUGAAGAGGUGUGAUUGCAACGGUGGGAGCCCAAAACUCUCCGAUUGCAAGAGAUGCAUGUCACGCUGCAAGUGCAGCUGUGUCGCUUAGACCACCGGUCUCUCUGGGGUUUAAUUAGAUCAUGUAUAACCAUAUCCUUAAUCAUAUGUAUUUCCAAUCUGUAGAAACAUCUCCUUCUCGUUUUUAAUUAGAUUCUUUUUCGCAUUA